CCUGCGGCGGGCUCCGGGCUGCUCCGUCCUUGCCCAGCUCCCGGGCCAGCGCGGCAGCGGGGCCACGAUGAAGAAGCAGUUCAAUCGCAUGCGCCAGCUGGCCAACCAGACGGUGGGCAGAAAAAGUUGCCUUUGACAACACUGGCUCAGUGUUUGAUGGAGGGGUCAGCUAUCCUGGGAGAUGACACACUUCUCGGGAAGAUGCUGAAACUCUGCGGAGAGACAGAGGACAAGCUGGCUCAGGAGCUGAUCCACUUUGAGCUGCAGGUGGAGAGAGACGUGAUCGAGCCCCUGUUUUUGUUGGCCGAGGUGGAAAUCCCAAACAUUCAGAAGCAGAGGAAACACUUAGCAAAGCUGGUGCUGGACAUGGAUUCUUCACGAACAAGGUGGCAGCAGACUUCCAAGUCUUCAGGUCUGUCCGGUGGCUUGCAGCCUGUGGGUGCCAAAGCUGAUGCCCUCAGGGAAGAAAUGGAGGAAGCUGCCAACAGAGUGGAGAUUUGCAGGGUACCCUCCCCCCCCACCCCCUUCUAUCACUUUUGCCGCAUGUACUUUGAUGCUGUGUUGUUAGAGCCCCCCACGGCGCACAGCAGCUGCGCUCCCCACCCUCCAGCAAAGGGGAUGCUCGCCCUUGUGUCUCCUCAGCUCAUCGAAGUGCAAGCAGAGUACCACAGGAAGUCACUGGCCCUCUUGCAGGCUGUGUUGCCUCAGAUAAAAGCACAACAGGAGGCCUGGGUGGAGAAGCCUUCCUUCGGGAAGCCUCUGGAGGAGCACCUGAUGAUCAGCGGCCGGGAGAUCGCCUUUCCCAUCGAGGCCUGUGUGACAAUGCUGCUUGAGUGUGGGAUGCAGGAGGAGGGACUCUUCCGAGUAGCGCCGUCUGCCUCCAAGUUGAAGAAGCUGAAGGCCGCUCUGGACUGCUGUGUGGUGGAUGUGCAGGAGUACUCAGCAGACCCCCACGCCAUCGCAGGAGCUUUGAAAUCUUACCUCCGAGAGUUGCCGGAACCUCUGAUGACCUUUGAACUCUAUGACGAGUGGAUUCAGGCUUCCAAUAUUCAGGAGCAAGACAAGAGGCUUCAGGCUCUGUGGAAUGCUUGUGAAAAAUUGCCCAAGGCCAAUCACAACAACAUCCGAUACUUGAUCAAAUUUUUAUCCAAGCUAUCAGAAUAUCAAGAUGUAAACAAGAUGACUCCCAGUAACAUGGCAAUUGUGUUAGGACCCAACCUCCUGUGGCCGCAAGCAGAAGGGAACAUCACGGAAAUGAUGACCACAGUUUCACUGCAGAUUGUUGGGAUCAUCGAGCCCAUCAUCCAGCAUGCAGACUGGUUCUUCCCUGGGGAGAUAGAGUUCAACAUCACCGGGAAUUACGGGAGUCCCAUACACGUGAACCACAAUGCCAACUACAGCUCCAUGCCCUCCCCAGACAUGGACCCCGCUGACCGGCGCCAGCCCGAGCAGGCCCGCCGGCCCCUCAGCGUUGCCACGGAUAAUAUGAUGCUGGAGUUUUACAAAAAGGAUGGCCUUAGGAAAAUCCAAAGCAUGGGCGUGAGGGUCAUGGACACGUCCUGGGUGGCUCGAAGAGGCUCCUCGGCCGGCAGGAAGGCGUCCUGCGCC